AUGAUUGUUUCACCGAUCCUCAAAAGUUGCAUAUUUCUGGUCAUCAUAUCUUCUACGUCAUGCUUUCCACAAAUCAAAACUGUUUCAGUAAAAUCGGAUGCUGAUGUCCAACAACCAUUUACAUUUGAAGACUUGUACGACUCGAAAUUUUGGUACAGUAGCUUUUAUCCAUCUUGGGUCUCAGAUACCGAGUAUAUAUUUCAAGACGAGGAUGGAAUACAAAAGAUGGACAUGUCUACCGGCACUCCCACCGUCGUUGUCGAUAAGGCAGUUUUCGAUAAAACAAGCGGAUCGGGAUGGAGUUUAUCAGCAGACGAACAGUACUUUUUCGUUCGAACGAGUUAUGCGAAACAAUGGAGACAUUCCUACAAUGGGUCGUACUCAAUUUACAGUGUGACAGACGGAGACAACGCUAUCUUCUCUUUACCUUCGGAUAUUCAAUAUAUAAGAUGGUCGCCGGUUGGAAGUAGUCUAGUGUGGGUCAGGGAAAAUGAUAUAUAUUACCGCAAGACUCCCCAGACUGCGGCAGAUAGGUUAACAUCUGACGGAAGACAGAAUGACAUUUAUAAUGGUAUUCCAGACUGGGUAUACGAAGAGGAGAUGAUAUUCACAAGACACGUUAUCUCUUGGUCGCCUGAUGGCACACAACUGAUGUAUUUAAAAACGAAUGACUCACAAGUAGAUCAAAUAGAAUUUUCCGUUUAUAAUGGAGAUAAAUAUCCAGAAAUGGUAAAUGUUGCUUAUCCCAAAGCUGGACGUAAUAAUCCAGUUGUUACUCUUUUGGUCUACGACAUCGAGAAUCAUGAAACCGACUCACCGCUUGUUGCACCACUGAACUUGAACUCAACGAAGCGUUUUCUUACGACGGGAGGGUCUGUGGUAACUUCAUUGCGCGGAUACGAUGAUGUGAACGAUUGGGUCUAUUUUACAGCUGCAGCUCCGUCACCAGCAAGUAGAAAUGUAUACAGAGUUCGUUUUUCGUCUGUGGAACCCACACACGUUAACGACUGGGAAUGCAUAUCUUGCAUGUUGGAUCAGGAUAGGUGCCAAUGGGUGACACCAUCGUUCAGUCCAGGACUGUCAUAUUUGGUUUUAAAUUGUGGAGGUCCCGAUGUACCAAUGACUACUAUACAAAUGAUGGAGGCUAGUGGAAAUUACAGCGAACCAACUGUCUAUGAGAACAACACCGAUUUGAUUAAUAACAAGGCUCAGAUAUUGUGGCCCACAAGAAACACAGGAGUUUAUAAAAGUCCGACUAAUGUGGAUUUUCUGUAUGAAAUUUUCAAACCAGCUAAUUUUGAUGAGACAAAGAAAUAUCCACUAUUAAUAGAAGUAUAUGGAGGGCCGGGAUUUCAGAAAGUGCAGAACAGAUGGACAAGACGAUGGGCACAAACUCAUUUAGUUAGCCAAUACGAAAUCUUAGUUGCGAGUUUUGAUGGCCGUGGAAGCGGAUAUCGUGGGGACAAUAUUGCACACUUGUUAUACAGGAAAUUAGGACAAAUUGAAAAGGAAGACACAACCGAAAUAGCACAAUACUUUGCGGACACAUUUGAUUACAUUGAUUCAAGUAGAAUUGCGCUUUGGGGAUGGAGCUAUGGAGGAUAUACCACCACGUUCACAAUAUCCAAAGGUGCAGGAGUUUUCAAAUGUGGAUUUGCAGUGGCACCACUGGCUUCGAGAUAUUUCUAUGACACCAUUCACACUGAACGAUAUAUGGGUAUGCCUGAUGAUAACGUAGAUGGAUAUGAAAAAUGUUCGAUACUGAACGCAAAUCUAACCAACUUCAACUUGGCUUCGUACACCAUCAUUCAUGGAACCGCAGACGACAAUGUUCAUUUCCAAAACGCUGCAUUGAUCAAUAAAGCCCUUGUACAGGCUGAUGUUAAUUUUGACAGUUAUUUUUAUGCCGAUGAAGCACACUCCAUCAAUACAGGAGCGAAUGCAAAUAAACACAUCUACAAACUUCUAACGCGCAAAGUCAGACAAUGCUUUGGUCUUAGUAAACCAUGAUAUGGUACAAGCAAUGCAAUAUCAAUGUAAAUGAAGUGAAUGAAUACAACAUUCAAUGGAAACACACGAUCUGCAUUUUUACCCUUAAUUCCUUCUGAGUAUUGAUUAAAACUGAAAUUAAAUAUUUACCAAGUAGGCUACCUAUACCCUUUAAUUGAAUAAAUAAUAUUACAUUGU